AAAAAGGGAUUGACGGCGGAGAAAACGGAGCAGCAAAAUUUGCAAAAGCUGCUAAACAAUUCUCUCACAGCCUCCCCACAUAGCUGGGGAAAAAACAGGGUUGACAGCUGAGAUUUGAGAGCCGCCCCCCCUUCUCUCUCUUAAAAGAUUCAACCUUUUUCUCUCCUUCUCUCUAAACCUCUUCACUUUCUCAGACCCAGUCCAUCCCCCAUUUUCAGAUUAUGUUGCGAGCAAAGCAUAUCAGUAACCUUUCCAGCAGUGCAAGAACUUUUUUGUUUAGUGGCUCACGAGGUACUGCAGCAGAUGGAAGUUCAUGCUCUUGCCCUGACGAAGAGUCUUGUGUUUCAAGACGGCAGCAGCCAAGAGAUGAAAUUAUCUCCAAAACCCCAGCUAGAAAUGCCCUGCCUUUGGGUGAUGCAUCCAAAACAGAUAUUCCCCCCAAAGCUGAGAGUACGCCACAGGUUAUAUCUACUCCUGCUUCUUUGGGAAGAUCUAAUUGCAUAAAUUAUGGUAACAGCAAUGAUGCUGUUCAACAGGAUGUACAUUCAUCACCUCCUAUCUCUGACCAGUUUGUUAAAGCUGGCAUUGCAGCUGUUUCUGUCUUAUCUGAUUUAAUGAGUUAUAAGCUUGCUUUAUCAGAUGGGAAUGGAAUAUUUAGCUCAUCUAGAAACUAUGUGGUUGAGCCUACCAAGCGGCAAUCAAAUGUACAAUCGUCAGCUGUCAAACCCAUCAGAAGAGAGAAUUUUGCAAAAGCCUAUUCUAAACCAUCUUCUGAGAUACCAUCAGGUUCAAAUUCUACCAUUAGCUACCAUGGUUCAAAAGAUAGAAGUAGCAAAACCAAUUCUGGUAGGGGUUUCAAGCAAGUUUCAAAUACUGCAGCAGGAGGUUCUUCUGAAAUUCAUAGGUCUUCUACAGAUGCUUGUGAUAGAAGCAAGACCAUACCAGAGAAAGUAAAGUCUCAUACCCAUCACUUCAUGUCAAAUUUGACUACCAAUGUGCAAGCUUCUGAUGCAAAGAUUUUGGACAGUGCUAGACCAGGUUUCAACAGGCCUUCAAGAGAUAUGAGAAUGCCUACAGGAGUUGCUAAUGUGGUCAGGCCAUCAAGAAGCAAUGGGUAUGUAGUGGAAAGUGUCUCUCACAUGCUGCGACAGAUGAACUGGGGUCCAACUGCAGAGCAAGCUCUUGAAAAUCUCAACUUUUCGAUGGAUGCAUAUCAAGCAAACCAAGUUCUAAAGAAGUUGCAAGAUCACAACGUUGCCCUUGGAUUUUUCUAUUGGUUGAAACGGCAAGCUGGAUUCAAGCAUGAUGGGCAUACUUACACCACCAUGGUGGGCAUUCUUGGUCGUGCAAAGCAGUUUGGCACAAUAAACAUGUUACUCAAUCAGAUGUUUAGGGAUGGUUGUGAGCCGAAUGUUGUUACAUAUAACCGUCUCAUUCACAGUUAUGGACGUGCCAACUACUUAAAUGAAGCAAUCAAUGUGUUCAAUCAGAUGCAGGGCACUGGUGUUGAACCUGAUCACGUCACUUAUUGCACUCUUAUUGAUAUACAUGCUAAAGCUGGUUUUCUUGAUGUUGCCAUGGACAUGUACCAAAGAAUGCAGGUAGCUGGUCUUUCUCCUGACACGUUUACGUACAGUGUGAUGAUCAAUUGCCUAGGAAAAGCGGGUCACUUAGCUUCUGCUCAAAGGCUCUUUUGUGAGAUGGUUGAUCAGGGAUGUGUUCCUAAUUUAGUCACCUAUAAUAUAUUGAUUGCUCUGCAAGCCAAAGCAAGGAACUACAAGAGUGCCUUAAAGCUUUACCGCGAUGUGCAGAAUGCUGGAUAUGAACCUGACAAAGUGACAUACAGUAUUGUAAUGGAGGUGCUUGGACAUUGUGGAUAUCUUGAUGAAGCAGAAGCCCUUUUUACUGAAAUGAAACAGAAAAACUGGGUACCUGAUGAACCUGUUUAUGGUCUGCUAGUUGACUUGUGGGGAAAAUCGGGUAAUGUGGAAAAGGCCCAGGCGUGGUAUCACGCUAUGCUACAUGCAGGUUUGCGUCCUAAUGUGCCUACAUGCAACUCAUUGCUUACUGCCUUUCUUAGGGUGCAUAGGCUAUCUGAUGCUUAUAACUUGCUGCAAAGCAUGCUUGCUUUCGGUCUAAACCCUUCUUUGCAGACCUAUACCUUGCUCCUGAGCUGUUGUACUGAAGCCAGGUCAUCAUAUGACUUGGGUCUUCGUUGCCAGCUCAUGGCCAUCACAGGCCACCCUGCACAUAUGUUCCUGCUGUCGAUGCCAUCAGCAGGACCUGAUGGUCAAAAUGUGCGGGAUCAUGUCAGCAAGUUCUUGGAUGUGAUGCACAGUGAGGAUAGAGAGAGCAAGCGGGGGCUUAUAGAUGCUGUGGUGGAUUUUCUUCAUAAGUCAGGUCUGAAGGAGGAGGCUGGAUCAGUCUGGGAGGUGGCUGCACAGAAGAAUGUCUAUCCAGACGCUGUAAAAGAGAAAAGUUCAUGUUAUUGGCUGAUUAACCUUCAUGUUAUGUCUGAAGGCACUGCUUUAACUGCAUUGUCUAGGACGCUUGCCUGGUUCCGUCGUCAGAUGUUACUCUCUGGUGUUUGUCCCAGCCGAAUUGAUAUAGUGACUGGAUGGGGUCGACGCAGCAGGGUGAUGGGAUCAUCUCUUGUGAGGCAGUCAGUUCAGGAGCUGCUCAAUAUCUUUAGUUUUCCUUUCUUCACUGAGAACGGCAACUCUGGAUGUUUCAUAGGUCGUGGUGAGCCGCUUAACAGGUGGUUAUUGCAGUCUUACGUGGAGCGCAUGCAUUUGCUUUAGUUAUCAUUUCGGAGCUUUCACUUAAGCUUAAACAGAGAUUUUGCUGUGGUAAGUAGUAGGAUUGAGGUUUUUCAUGUAUUUAACUUCGCAUGUAGGUUUUAUCAAGUUAAACUAAAUUAUAAAUUGGUGCCAGCUUUCAACUGUGCCAUCUUUCAUUUCAGCCUUUGGUUGAAAAUGAUGAGAUUUCUUUUUGUACAUAUUAACCAUUUACUUUGGUUUGGCAACUUUUUGAGUAUUUGAACUACCAAUCCGAGUUUUCACUUGCAGUUGGCUGACUACUAAUGGUCAAUGGGUUAGUGACAAGAUUGUUAUGGUGUUUACCAUCACAGGAGUGAUAAUAUUAAAUUUCUUCAGAGAUG